CUGACAUGCCAUUAAGUUGCAGACUCUUUGGUGGAGACUUCAGAGAUUAAAAACAAUCAGAGCACGCAGCUUCCCUUUCCGACUGCAGCUGUGCGCGGAGCUUCGUCGACUGAUUCAUGUGAUUUACAACUGGAAAACAUCAGGAGUAAUUCUCCGUGAAGACUGAGACAGUUUGGGCAGCAAUGUCUCAGCUGUACUAUAAGAAAGCUGACAGCUCCACGUACAGGGACCGCAUCCCUCUGCGGAUCGUGCGGGCAGAAUCGGAGCUCUCUGCUCUGGAGCGGGCCUACCUGGGGGCUGUAGAGAAGGGGGACUACGCCAGCGUGAAGCAAGCUCUGGAAGAGGCUGAGAUCUACUUCAGGAUCAAUAUCAACUGCGUGGACCCCCUGGGACGCACAGCUCUGCUCAUUGCUAUUGAAAACGAGAACCUGGAGAUUAUUGAGCUGCUCCUCAGCUAUAAUGUACACGUGGGUGAUGCCCUGCUACAUGCCAUCCGUAAAGAGGUAGUGGGGGCCGUUGAGCUGCUGCUCAACCACAAGAAGCCACGUGGGGAAAAGCAGGUUCCAUCGGCUCUGCUGGACAAACAGUUUUCAGACUUCACCCCAGACAUUACUCCGAUCAUCCUGGCAGCUCAAACUAACAACUAUGAGAUCAUCAAACUGCUCUUGCAGCGAGGGGUUUCUAUACCCCAGCCACACACUAUACGUUGCAACUGUAUGGAGUGUGUGUCCAGUUCAGACGUGGAUGUCCUGCGUCACUCCCGUUCUCGUCUAAACAUCUACAAGGCCCUUGCCAGCCCGUCACUCAUUGCCCUCUCAAGUGAGGAUCCUUUCCUCACGGCAUUUCAGCUUAGCUGGGAGCUGAAGGAGCUCAGCACGGUGGAGAACGAAUUUAAAUCAGAGUAUGAAGAGCUGUCCCGUACAUGUAAACAAUUUGCAAAGGACCUCUUGGACCAGACUCGUAGUUCCAGAGAGCUGGAAGUAAUCCUCAAUUACCGUGACGACAUCAACCCAUUGCUGGAUGAGAACAUUAAUGAGCUUGCCCGACUGAAACUGGCUAUCAAAUAUUCCCAGAAAGAGUUUGUUGCUCAGCCCAACUGCCAGCAGCUGCUGGCGUCUCGCUGGUAUGAUGAAUUCCCAGGCUGGAGGAGGCGUCACUGGGCAGUAAAGCUCAUCACUUGUAUCUUCAUUGGCCUUGCGUUUCCACUGUUAUCCAUCUUCUACCUGAUCGCUCCAAAGAGCCGCUAUGGCUUAUUCAUCCGUAAGCCUUUCAUCAAGUUCAUCUGUCACACUGCUUCCUACCUGACCUUCCUCUUCCUGCUCUUCUUGGCCUCGCAGCAUCUACAGAGUGAUGAUCGGUUGGAACACCGUCAGGGCCCACCACCCACCAUUGUGGAAUGGAUAAUCCUGCCCUGGGUGCUUGGCUUUUUAUGGGCUGAGAUCAAACAGAUGUGGGAUAGUGGUUUUGAGGACUACAUAGAUGACUGGUGGAACCUGAUGGAUUUCAUAAUGAACUCUUUGUAUCUUGCAACAAUUUCACUGAAGAUUGUUGCCUAUAUUAAGUAUAGUGCAAAGUGCCAGUUGAGAGACACCUGGGAAACGUGGCACCCAACAUUGGUGGCAGAGGCAUUGUUUUCCAUCGCCAACAUUUUCAGCUCCUUGCGUCUCAUCAGUCUUUUCACUGCCAACUCCCAUUUGGGGCCUUUACAGAUUUCAUUGGGCCGCAUGCUUCUGGACAUACUUAAAUUUCUCUUCAUCUACUGUCUAGUGCUGCUAGCAUUUGCCAAUGGCCUCAACCAGCUCUAUUUUUACUAUGAAACAAAUAAUGGGACUUGCAAGGGCAUCCGCUGUAAUCAGCAAAACAACGCUUUCUCCACGCUAUUCGAAACACUGCAGUCAUUAUUUUGGUCUAUCUUUGGGCUGAUUAACCUGUACGUGACGAACGUGGAGCCGGACCAUACAUUCACAGAAUUUGUCGGCUCUACCAUGUUUGGCACCUAUAAUAUCAUCUCCCUGGUAGUGCUUCUAAACAUGCUAAUUGCAAUGAUGAACAACUCAUACCAGCACAUUGCUGAUCAUGCAGACAUAGAGUGGAAAUUUGCACGAACAAAAUUAUGGAUGAGCUAUUUUGAAGAAGGGGGAACUUUGCCAUCUCCAUUCAAUUUAAUACCCAGUCCAAAGUCAGUUUAUUAUCUAAUUGGAUGGAUAAAAACACAUUUGUUUAGGAGACCAAGCACAAAACGUCUUGAAACCUUUGAAACUUUGGGGAGACGUGCAGCUGAAAAUGUAAAAUUAAGCCAUGAGUAUCAGGAGGUUUUGAAGAACCUCAUGAAACGAUAUGUGGCUGCAAUGAUUAGAGAUGCCAAGACAGAGCAGGGGUUGACAGAGGAAAAUUUCAAGGAGCUCAAACAGGAUAUCUCCAGCUUUCGCUUUGAAGUUCUGGGAAUGAUGAAAGGUAAACCUGGGCUAGCAGGUAAUAUUGCAAGUACCACCUUGGCUUACCCUGGAAAUCCAUUCAAAUAUUCUCCUAAAUUCCCUACUGAUGAGUCUCAACAGAACCAGGACAUCUUUGAUAUGUUCACUGCCACUACCAACACUACCAACACCACCCUACAACCUGCCAAAAUCACCAGGUCUGCUUGCUUUAAUAGCCAAACCAGUGGUUCAGUUAUUUUGUCUACUGCAGGACAGACUCAAAAAGAGGCUGCCAAAGAAGAUUCAAACCCUGGAUCCCUUCACAAAAGGAAAAAACUCCCUUCUCUGAAAUGUGAUGAAAUAUGUUCAUUGCCAGAGGAAGAAAUGUUGGGUACUGAUGAAGAAAUGCAAGGAAAACAUCAGACUGAGGACAUAAUUGUGGACGUUUCACAGACUGAUGAGAAGGAAUUCAAGGACAUUAAACCUUCUUGCAAAGAACUUGAUAAGGAUGGGCCGACAAAAUAUAACAAUUAAUCUGCCAGCAAGUAAAACUUAAAAUAGUUUAUUGAAAUAAGUUUGCUUGUGAUAAACUGUACUGUAGUAAAUUACCUAUUCUGCUUAAUCAUGAAUUCUAUCCAGUGUAUAAUGGUAUUAGACAAUCACAAAUUAUAUGACAUGCAUACAACCACAAAAAUAUGUGGUGAGGACAGGCGUCAGUGCCGACUUGAUGCUCAAGCAAUUGCCAAACAUAUUACUAAUUUAUGUUUUAAACUGAGCAAUUCAUUCCAAAGAAUCCUUACAACCCACUGCCUAUCUUCUACUCUUUUAUUGCCUACUUACUAUGCUAUGCAAAAAUACUGUAUCUUAUCCAGUUAUUUGUACGAAAGAAAUAAUCAACAGUUUUAACACUGAUAUUGUAUUCAGUACUGGAGGUAAUUUGAAAUUUAAUCAUUCUAUCAAGUACACAAGCACCUUCUCUCCUACACUGGGACGUGUAAGGGAAAGCUUUUUUCUUAUUUUUGCAGUUGUAGCAGACGAUGUAAUCUGUAAACUACAUUUAACUUAAUUUAUAGUUUAACUUAUUUUGCAAUAACUUUCAGUUGAUCCACAAUAAUGUAAGCACUUCAUUUGUAUGUUUUUGUGGGUGCUUAGCUGUUAAAGCUAUAACUUUGACCCAUUUAUUUAAACAGUUUUACGAUUGCAGUCAACCAGCUUUUAAACUAGGUAUAGCAGGGUGGUAUUGCCCAGCGUUCACUAAGCAACAUCGUCAGUGAUAAAAGUGAUGGGGUUUUUUUUUUUCAAAAGAGUUUUACAUGCUGUUUCAUCCCCACCUGGAGUUCCUAGGCAACUGUGUGAUGGCCAGUGUGCCAGUGUGUGCAAUGAUUCUUUUUUUAAAUAUUUUGUUAAAAUGUCAUAUCAUAUGCAGAUUGCCAGUUUAAUCUUCUUUUUUUAAGAAAAAAUCUGUUUGAAGUUAUAUUUAAAAGGGGCUCUAUACAAAUUUCUUCAUGUGUUGAUUUAGGUGUACUUCUUCCAGUUCUUUCAGUAUGAUUUACAUUUUCAUAACACUGCUUGCAAGGUUAAAGGCGUUCUAGAAAUAUGUGAUAACUCUUCAGUUUAGUAACUUGUCACAUGUAUUUAAAU